CCCGCCGCCGCUCCCUCGCCUCGCGGAGGGCUGCCCGAGCGCCUCUCAGUGCCGCGGCCCGUCCCUCCCGCCUCUAAGGGCACCGUGCCGUGAGGGAAAUAUAAGAACGGAGCCUUAGAAGACAAGAUUCUGCUCGCUGCCGAAGUAAAAGAUACAAACGAGAGUUUGAGUUCUUGUGUGGUGUCUUCUAGCUUUAUUUUUAGGGUAGACUGAGACCUUCCUUCGUUUUGAAGGAGUUAAAAAGAUUUUUAAAUUUCGGGUGUGGGAUGCGAUCAAAGUAAAACGCUCCGGCAGGGUAACGACGUGCUCGCUAUCUGUUUGGGUCUGUUAGUUCAGAAUUCAUGGUGAAAUUCGAUUUUAGUGUUAAAGUCACCUUGGCUGUGCAAAACGAUAUAUUUUUUGUAAAUAUUUGGGAUGUAAUUGUUGUCAAGAAACGUCUUGGUUAUCAGAUCAGGACAGGAAUGCCUUAAGGCAUCCCUGAAAUAAAAAUUGCUUCCUGGUCUUACUAACAAUUGUAGCCCAUGGUAGCGUUCAGUUCUGUGGUGUGAUCUGCUACUUUCACUUUCCUGUGCAGACACUUCUGUGUUAGAAUACUGAAUAUUCCCUUAAAAUGACCAAAAAUGCCCACACUAGAAUAAUCCCCUAGAAAUCUUCCAUUUGAAUCUUUUCUGCUUUCAAAAAUACUUAAAUCAUGAGCUGUGGGAAGGAGUUUGUGGAAAUUCUUAAGAAAAUUGGAUAUCCAAAAGCCAAUGAGCUCAAUGGAGAGGAUUUUGACUGGCUGUUUGAGUCUUCAGAAGACAAAUCAUUUCUGGAGUGGUUUUGUGGAACUGUAAAUGAGCAGCAUGUAUUAUCUGAAAAAGAACUGCAAGAUUUUAAUAGUCUUCUCGAGUCUGGAAAGCCCGUAUUAGAAGGAAAUGCAUUGGUUGAAGUCCUUAAAACCUGUAAGCCAGAAGAUUCAGGGAACAGCAGCCAAGAGAAGGAGGAGGAACUUAAGAAAUUAGAGGAUGAGUUUCAAACUCUUCAGAAAAUGAAAAAUCUUACAAUCCAUCGGCAUAAUAAGCUUCAGAUGAUCAUUUCUGAAAACAGCAGCAUGUUACAGACACUAAAAAUCAAAGAGGAAGAAACGCAGAAAGAUGUGAAAGAAGGUCUGGAACGGUUCACUGCAGCAAAUAAUAAGCUUAAUAACGAACUGCUCUCCCUUGUGGAUAGAGUUAAGAAUUUGGCCUCUUUCUUCACUGCUUCAGCUUCAGAACAAGGAUCAGGUUUGCAUCCAGUGUUUUUUUCCCAGCUUUCCUUGGACAAGUAUUUGUCUCAGGAAGAGUGCUGCACUGCAGCACUUGCCUCGUAUGCAAAAAAGUGUUUUUAUCAGGGUAUGUCAGAAUUGGCUGAAAAUUUGCACGAAGACAACUUUGAGCUUGCAGAUAUUAGCAAACGUGUCACUUGUGCUGAGACUACUGAAGCUUGUGGAAAGAGCCAGGAGAUUGCCAGCCUCCAGGCAGCGUACAUUUGUGCUCAGCGUCAGCUAAUUGAAUUGCAAGCUGAAGAAGAGAGCUUGAAUUCAGCUAUAGAGUGUGCAGAGAGCAUGCUGCGAUCCCCAAAGAGCAAGGGUAUUGAAAAGCAAGAAGACAUCGAGGCCAAAAUAUCUAGUUUAAAUGAUGAAAUCUCGACAAUUAAGCAACAGAUAGCUGAAAUAAAUAACAAAGAGCUGCCUUCCCUUCUGAAAGAGCAUGCACAGAUGUUCACUGCACCAGUGGUAAUGGCAGACCUGGAUCGUGAGAUUGCUCAGCAGGACCAUUUCACUUCUAAACAGGAUGAGAUCUGCAGCCAUCUGAUAAGACAGAAAGCAUCAUUUGAACUUAUUCAGCUAGCCUAUGACAUUGAAUUGAAGAAACACAAAGACAUCCACUGUCAACUUGAGAAUUUGAUAGAAUCUCUGAAACAGAGCAGUAAUGAGAUGCAACAGAGACUAGAGGUGUUAUCUAAGCAAACUGAGCUUGAGAAGCCAAGGAACGCUAUUAGUUCAAACGAUGAUUUCUCUUGUAGGCUCUACCAGCUUUUGGAAGGAGAAAACAAAAAACAACUGUUUAAAACAUACAAAAACCUGGAACAGAUGGCUCAGAAAUUAAAUCAGGAUUGUGUAACAGCACAAGAGCAGCUAGCAGUGUCUUCUCAGGAGCAGUCUCUCCUGUUGUCCAAACUAGACAGUGAUGUAAAUGCUCUUCGUGAUGCUCUGUAUUGUGGAGGAAAUCAGAUACUACUCACUAGUCGGGAACUUACUGAGCAGUUUCAUCAACUGGAAGGUGAUUUAAAUAAACUAAAUCAACUAAUUAUGGAUCUUAUUGCUGACGUGAAGUCAAAGAGAAACUUCUUAGCAUCCAAUAAGCUGCAUCAGAUGGAAAGAAACUUGUAUGUGUAUUUUUUCAAAGAUGAGAACCACUUGAAGGAGAUGGUGGAGAAGCUUGAACAGCAGUCAGAGGCUAAAGCCAGUGGUCUGGAAGAUGAGAAUUUCACCACCAGUGAAUUCUUUAAUACUUAACCUUCAGUGUAUUCUUAAGAUAAAGAAACACGUUAAUGUAAACUGUCCACAAGUUUAUGGAAUGAUAAGUAUUAGCUUAUCAAGGUGAACGUUUAUCUAUCAUUGCAAUGUGUGCUUAGCUGCCACAGUUAACAUGUUUGGGUUAUAUUCUGCUUCAUGGCUUUGGCAUUUGGUCAUUCAGUUCUAGUUCUUCAAUAUUAAUUAACACAUUGGUUUCUUUAAUGAGUUAUAUACACACCACUCUUUUACUAGGCUGCAUGUUGAUUUCCACUUUGUGCAGCAUAGAGGAAAGGAAAGCUUCACACCUUUGAGAUUAGCUUUCUUGCGUGGUAAGAAACUUUCAAAACAUGAAGAGGGAUUCCAGAUUUUGGAACAUAAAUGGUAACGUGCUUCCUUUUGUAGAGGAAAGUUCUCCAAGGCAGAAAUAAUAUGAUUUCUGCUUUACAGUUCCUCUAAGAUUUAUUUUUAUUAUAUGGAAAUGAAUUGGAAUAUGUACCAGAAUCUGUUGGCUGUUUGACCACCAUGUCAUCGCUUCAUUUAUGUCCUCUCUAUAGAAAUUAGUCCCUACUUAUAGCAAAAUUUUCCAAGAGAGAACUUUUAAUUUACCUUUUGGACUUGGACACUUUGGGGAUAUCUUUACAAAGUAUUUACUCUCUGAUUUGUGUUGCCAGGCAUUUGAAUGAUGUCAUCGUACUCCUGUAUAGACUGGUAUUAAGACUGCUUAUCAAAUUUCUGUGUAGGCUUCCUAAUAGACUAAUGGCACUAAAUAUGCUUUUAUAGUAUAAAAGUAUUCCAGGCUCUUGUUUUCUGAUGAGAUCAGCUGUACUUGUUUUCAAAUGUUGCACAUAUUGAUGAAGGCUAGUAAAUUAGCUUCAACUUCAGAAGUGGUAUUUCAAAAAAUAUUUUGACUUAAUGCUUUUAAUUUCUACACUUAUGUAACUUAUUCUUAAAUGUAUAAUUUUUAGUUUAUUGGUUUGAUGUUUUUAUGUCUACUUUUCAUGCUGUUUAGAUCUAUAUGUUGUUUGUUAUUAAAUUCAGUUCAUUACUGUCCAUAUUUAUGGCAUAUCUGUAAGUUAGUAUAUGCUCAUGAAUGGUGUCUUGUUUAUUUUUAAUCUUCUAGGUUCUCAUUUUGAUAGGCUCCAGAGUUUGAAUCUGAAGACUGCUGCUUCCCUCUAUGGGAAGUUAGGAAAUAUUUUUAUCUUCUGUAAGAAAACAAUGAUACAAAUAAUAAAAAAAAAAAGUUAAUUUUAAACGUUAGGAGAAGACUCUGUUCCUGGCUUGUGGAAUGUCUGGAAAAGGAAAAUCUUUCUGCUAUCUUCUUGCAAACCAGCUUUCGCUGUAUAGUGCAUUAUUUUGUUUGACAAAAUAGUGAUUUUUUUUUCCUGAUAUCUUUCGUUAGAUUCCUUGAAAGUCAGUUAGAUUUUUUUUAUAGCUUUGCAUCAUGCAGUAUGGCAGUACUUAAUUUGCAAGGUUAAGACCAGAAGUAUCCUGUGACUUCAAAAAUGCCUCACUGUUUUACUCUGCUUAAGGUUCUUGAGCGCUAUGCUGGAGGUUGGUCAUGUGGUGUUUUCAUUUUUCUUUCUCACAAACGAGUUUAGAGAUGCUCUUUGUCUUCUACAACAUCUACAAUUCAAGCUAAAUGAAAGCUUUAGAUUAUUGUAUACACAAAUUGAAACAGGAUUACCUCUUUUGAACUAGAUAGCUACAAGCCAAAACUUAAUGUGGCUUGAGGGCUAUUCCUCUUUGGUAGUUUUUUGUAUUUGUAAGUAAUUUCUUGUACAAGUUAGAAUCUGCUUGUGAUCUUGAACUAAGAAAAAUAUUUCUGUGUAAAGAAAAGGGUGUAUUGUUGGUAGUUAGACUUGACCUGAAAGGCCAAGUCUAUGCACAGGAUUUAGUAAAAGAAGAUCAGAGUAACAUAUUUGUAUAGGAAUUAAAUUACUUAGUACAUUCUCCACUAAGAAUUGCUGUUUUCUUGAAUCCUUUGAAAAUGUUGCAUGCAUACCUAGUGUUUGUGGUAAGUUCUAUGCUUUGUACUGACCUAACUGUAUACAGUCAAGCAGUCUAUCAGUAUGGAUGCCUUGUCUCUAGUUCUCCCAAAUGCAUUUUAUCUAGUGGUUCCAAGUAUUUUGUAUGUAUUGUCCUGUAGCCAUAUUCUACAAGUGGAAAAGCAGCUGCUUUUGGAGAGGGGAGGAAAGAAGGAGUAAAAUUGAACAUCAGUAGCUGUGUUUAAAACUUGUAGAGGCUUUUGACGUGACUUACUUUACACUGACAAAUGUAGUCAUGCUAAUACUUGACUAUGUAAAUUAUAUAGAACUUACGAAAUGGAAGUUUUUUAUAUAUGUGUUUUCUAAAACUGAUUUUUGUGUAUGAUGAUAGUAACACUUCUUUCAUCACAUGAUGGUGCUGUUUUGACAGUUAGAUCAAGAAAAACAUCCAUGAAUUAAAACUUGAGUACUAACAACGGUGAAGUUGUGUAUAUGCUAAAUAUAGGCUAGAUUGAACAUAUUGGGAGGGUAUUUUCAACAUAGAGUAAUCCUUGUUUGUCAUUCUCUUAUUAGAAGUUGACUGUGCUUAAGAUUGCAUAAUUUUUAGCAGGACAAGGGGGAAUGGUUUUAAGUUGAGGGAGGGAAGAUUGAGGUUGGAUGUCAGGAGGAAAAUU